CAAAACAACCACCAAACAAAAACCGUUUACCUCUGGUCACACCAAACGGGGUAAACAAAAAAAAGAGGUGCUGUUGUUUAUAGGAUAGAAUAGGGCCCCAAACGGCCCCCAAUAGGCCAUGUCGAAGCUGAGCGACACCAAGAUCCCGAUCACGGAGUUCCUGGAGGCGUACCGCCGCCAGCCGUGCCUCUACAACUCGCUGAUGGACUCGUACAAGAACCGCUCGUCCCGGGAGGAGGCCUACGAGGCGAUAAUCAGGUCCCUGAAGAUCCCCCAACUGACCGUGGUGGACAUCAAGCUGAAGAUCAAGAGCGUGCGCACCGUCUACUCCAAGGAGUUGCGCAUUUGGAUGCGCGAGAAGGAGCUGGGCAGGAGCUACGAGCCCAAGUUGUUCUGGUUCAAGCUGGCCGACUCCUUCCUGCGCUCCGUUUCGCUGUCCCACUGCAAAAGGGCGAAGAACAAGCAUGCCAGUGCCCCCCAAACGCCCGUGAAAACGGAGGAGUCGCUGGCGCCCUCGAGCAAGCUGCUCUUCACUGCCGCCGCGGACAUCAGCAUGAGCGAGGAUGCGCUGGAGGAGGAGGACGAGGAGGCGGAGGGCGAGGCGGAGGCGGAGUGUCCGCCGGAGCACAGCAAACCGCCUCCGAGCAGCUGCAUCAUUUCCAUGGCCACGGAAAGCAGUCGCAGCGGCAAGGCCGAGCUAAUCAUUGAUGAUUCCCCGCUUUGUUUGGUGGAUCAGCCGCAGCAGCAACCGCAUCAUCAGCAGGGUCACCCACAGCAGCUGCCGGCGCAGCGAAAACCGAAGUACAACCUGGCUCUCGACUCCGCCGGCGAGGAUGAGCUGGUGAUCUUCGGCCAGAGCAUCGCCUCCCAGCUGCGCACCAUCACGGACUCGUAUUCCCGGUCCGUGGCCAAGCUGCGCAUCCAGCAGGUGCUGUUCGAGGCGGAAACCGGGCAGUUUCAGAGCACCGAGGUGAACAGCACGCAGCUCCAGCAUACCUUCUAGUCCUUAAGCGUAGAUUAUAGUCCUUGUGCUCAGUUCUAGGAGUAUUCCUGUAAAAGGGCGUUUUUUUUAACAUGUUUGUCGUUCAGUGUUUGUAGAAAAUAUCAUUCCCCAAAUAACGAUUAAGUUGAAACUGUAAAUAUACCUUUUAAAAUAAAUAUCUUGUAAGCAAUCGAA